GCCACAGCCAUAGAAAAUGAUGAUUUUGAGAGGCAGUUGUUCUUGAACCGAGCCAGAGACCGGUACAGAACUAAUAUUGAUAAUUUCUGGAGGAUGGGUGGAUUUGUUAUCGCAUCGCCCUGUAUGCAGUAGAUUAUUUCUUGAAGAAGUAAUACAAGCAACAAAUCGAGCAGGACGACAAAGCUUCUUCGAAUUCGAUUUUGGCGCCUCGUGUAUCGAAAGGAGUGAAAUCCCUCAGAAAGCAUUUGGACCGAAUCUCCGCAUCGUUGGAGCAGCUUGAAAAUAUGUGGGAAUUCACCUUUCUUGAAAUCGCGAUAAGCUGUGUGACCAUUCUGACAGUUUUAUACUACUACAGUGUCACGAAACACUCCUAUUGGAGAAGGAAGAAUGUGGCAGGCCCGAAGCCACUGCCGAUAUUCGGUAAUUUCUUGGACGUUGCCUGUAUGAAAACGUCAUUGGCCGAAAAGUUUCGCGAUCUGUAUCAAAACUGGAAACACGAACCGUUCAUCGGAUUAUUUCACGGAACAGUGCCGGUUGUGAUGAUUAGUGACCUCACACUGCUGAAGCACGUCUUCGUGAAGGAUUUCACAACGUUCACCGAUCGAGGACUUCUCGUUAACGACGAUGUCGACCCCUUGUCCCAACACUUGUUCGCCAUCGACGGUCACCGGUGGCGAAGGCUCAGAAAUAAGCUGUCGCCAGUCUUUACGUCCGGUAAACUUAAGCAGAUGUACCAUCUUCUGUGCGAAUGUGCGGAUCAUUUUGAAAAGUACGUCAUUGACCUUGCCGCCAAGGGCGAUCCGAUCGAGUGUAAAGAGAUCACAGCUAAGUUCACCACCGAUGUCAUCGGCUCCUGCGCCUUCGGACUCAACAUGAACGCUCUCACCAGCGAGGACAGCGAGUUUAGGAAGAUGGGAAGGAAGGUCUUUGCCCCGUCGUUCAAAGACGGCGUAGUAAGAACAAUCAGGGAAAGUCUGCCAGUCCUGUUCAAAUACUUGAAAAUCCGAAUAUUUUCUCGCGAGAUUACCGAAUUCUUCGUCAACAGUACAGCAGAGACCAUUUCGUACAGGAUGAAACACGAUAUUGUUCGGCCGGACUUUAUCCACUUGUUGAUGGAGCUUCGGAAAAAUUCAGAUCAAACUGAUUUGGAACUGACGGAUGAACUGAUCGCUGCUCAAGUUUUCGUCUUUUUCCUGGCUGGAUUCGAGACUUCUGCCACAACCAUAUCUUUCGCUCUUUACGAACUAGCACAGAAUGAAAGUAUUCAAGAAAAACUGCGCGAUGAAAUCCAAGAAGCUCUGAAAGCUCACAACGGGAGUCUACCUUUUGAAGCAAUCAAGGAUCUCAAGUAUUUGGACAAAGUCUUUCAAGAAACACUGAGAAAACAUCCGCCCCUUCCGAUUCUAACACGAAGAUCCGUCAAUGACUACACGAUACCUGACACAACGGUCCAUAUUCCGAGUGGUACAAAAAUCUUUGUACCAGUUUUGGGUCUUCACCACGAUCCGCAGUACUAUCCUGAUCCUGAAGUUUUUGAUCCCGAACGAUUUGCGGAUGAAGCGGUUCAAAAAAGACCUGCGAUGGCGUACUUGCCAUUUGGAGACGGGCCACGAAACUGCAUCGGUGCCCGAUUUGCAAUUUAUCAGACGAAAAUGGGUAUCAUCAAGAUACUGAAAAACUACAAAGUUUCAAUAUCCUCAAACACGAAAGUUCCGUACGAUAUUGAAAGAACCACUUUUAUACUGACAUCUGUUGGUGGUAUUUAUUUAAACUUUAAGAAUCUUACAUGAAACAUUCUUACUUCAAAAUUACUAAUUCACAGAAUAUGUAAAGAAAAAUGGUAUAACAAAAAAUUCAUCUGUGCAAAUAAA